AAUCCCAACUGCAUAUUAUCACUGGCAUUAGAGGAGAUCAAAGAGGGCUAAACUGCAACUGCGUCUGGGUAAUCAGUUUGGCCUUAAGUUAAAGAUGAGAAACCAGAGGAUUGUACAUUGGUACUUCAAUGGGGUCUACCAAAUGAAAGUAAACACCCUGUAACUGCUCCAGGUGUGCUGCACUGCAACUGACCUUGCAUCUGUGUUAGGGCUUAAUGAAAGCGUGUUUGGGGUUAGAAAAUGUGUACAACACUGCAGUGUCAAGGCAGUAUUGUACUCAAACUGGAGGUAAAACUUAUGAAACUUCACAGAAACCUUCUAAGCUCUGAGCAGUUGCUGCAGGAUUUACUCCUCCAGUCUAAAUGGAAAAAAUGUCCCUGUAGUUGCGAUAAGCAGGUCCCCAGCAGUGCAGGGGAGCAGACUGCAGUAAACUGUCCACAACAGUCUCUGUGGAAACCUUGUGCAUGGCUGAAGAGUGAUAUUGCGUCUCCACACAGCAAUGAACAGAAAGAGUGAAAAGAGAAAGGAGGGAGAGGGGGAUCUUGGUUUCACGGUUUGCAGGGGGAGGUAGCGUUACAUGAGAGUGAAUCGGAGUGAUGACAUUGUUCCUCAGUACCAGCUGAGUGCACCUAUACAUCCACCUCUGUGGAGGAAGGGCUAUUCACCUGUCCAAGCCACCACAGAUGGAGCUUUUGGACAAAGGGACAAACAGGCAGAUAGAUAAAAGCCUAUCCAGUGUAGAGUGCGCUCUGCUGUUGACACCUUGAUAUGUAUUAUACGUCUCAGGUUUCCUGAUUGGUUUCAGGGGAAAUUAGGGAUUGAUUCUGGAUCAUGCAAGGUUCUGAGUUUCACUGUCAGCCAGGGAAACAGUGAUGCUGGACCCAGGAGAAAUAAUACUUUAUCUGACUCAGGUGAAACACCACCAGAAUGGACAUAAGGAGUAAGGUACUCCUCUGAAGACUGAAAUUCAAACUAUGCAGCCUGCCACAGUUCUGGUUGAAAGGGGGAAUAACCAGUGGAAAGGUGCCUUGAAUGUUUGUUUGUUUAUUUGUUAAUGAUUUUAGAAUUGUCAGUCAUUGUUUCUUUAACCUGCCUUUUGUUCUUGUGAUUGACAGGCUGUGUGAAUAUUGCUACACUGAGGGAUUCCUGAGGUACUUGUCUCUUCUACAGAGUCGAGUCUAAUGGAGAAAAAAUACCCAGUAAUUGCAGGAAGAGAAAAAGGGCCAGGACCGGGGCGUUAUGGGCUUCCACCCACCGUUGGAUUUAUUGGCCAUGACUUCACCAAGCCAACUAGCCCUGCCUUUUCUUUCCAUGGCAGGAUGAGUGACAAUAUGUACUGUGUUGACUCAAGUCCAGGACCUAAAUAUCAUAUUGAUGCAAAAAUCACUCGAUUUGGAAGGGAUGGCACUCCUGCAUACUCGAUGUUGGGCCGAAUGAAAGCGGAGAAGGAGCUUUUCCAGACACCUGGACCGGGUGCCUACAGCCCAGAAAAAGCCCCAGCAUGCAACCUCCAGCGCAGACUCCCAUCCUACACAAUGGGCUCUCGUACACACUACAGAGGCAUCGACUCAGUACCAGCUCCCAACAAAUACUGCCUCCCUCCGCUCAUGGGCCCUCGAGUCCCAAACAAGUCAGCCAGCGCAAGUUACACAAUGUCAGGUAGUUUCAGCACAGGGGGGCCAUCUGUGGAUUUAGCCAAGACGCCAGGGCCUUGCAGGUACAAUAGUACAGACCCAAAUGUUUAUCUGCCACGACAGCCAGCAUUUUCCAUGCUUGGACGUCACAACUUGCCCAGAGAUGCCACUAAGAAACCUGGCCCUGGAACUUACAACCCAGAGAGAGUGACAGUUCACAAGGCUCGGGCUCCAGCCUACUCCCUGGGCAUCAGACACUCAGAAUUUGUUACUCCACUAGUCGUCAGUGUUUCCGACUGAACAU